AUGGCUGGUAUUAUUGGUAUUUACGGAUUGGUCGUGUCUGUCUUGAUUGCCAACGACUUGAAGCAAAACCUGCCACUAUACACUGGAUUCGUCCAGCUUGGUGCUGGUCUUGCUGUCGGUCUUGCCGGUCUUGCUGCUGGCUUCGCCAUUGGUAUCGUUGGUGAUGCUGGUGUCCGUGGAACUGCCCAACAGCCCCGACUUUUCGUCGGUAUGAUUCUUAUUCUCAUUUUCGCUGAAGUUUUGGUCUUGAAGCUACCUGCUAAAUGGGAGCAGUCAGAAAAUAUCAUCGACGAGCAUCUUUAA